UGAGGAUCAGCAGCAGCUCUCCAUAACCCUCCACACAUCGGAUGCUGAUCGUCCGUGGAGCCGCACCUGGAUGCAUUAAGGGUCAAAGGUGAGCUAGCGAGGCAGAGAUGAGUCUGACUUCCUGGUUCCUGGUGAGUGGCGGGGGCACGCGCCAUCGCCUGCCCCGGGAGAUGAUCUUCGUGGGGAGGGACGACUGUGAGCUCAUGCUGCAGUCUCGCAGUGUGGACAAGCAGCACGCUGUCAUCAACUAUGAGCCCAACGCAGACGAGCAUAAAGUGAAGGACCUGGGCAGCUUAAACGGGACAUUUGUCAAUGACGUCAGAAUACAGGAGCAGAUCUACGUCACUCUGAAAGUUGAUGACAAGUUGAGGUUUGGAUACGAUAUCCUUUGA